AUGAAGUUCACCGCGAUCAUCGCCUUGGCUCUCGCCUCUGUCUCAGUCAGCGCAUACCCCAUCACUGGCGAGGCCGUCAACUGUCGCACUGGCCCAGGCACCAGCUAUUCCAUCAAAAAGACGUACAAGAAAAGCCAAGAUGUCUCCGUGACUUGCCAAACCUCAGGCACCAGCGUCAACGGCAACUCUAUCUGGGACAAGACUUCCGACGGCUGCUAUGUCGCCGACUACUACGUCAAGACGGGCUCCAGCAGCUACGUGACCAAGAAGUGCGAUGCGCCCAAGCCUCCCAGCGGCGGUAGCAAGAUUCCUGGCCCCAUGACCAACGACUAUCCAUACAAGAACCAGUGUGGCCCGGUCGAUAAGUGGGCGUACUUCAAGUGCCAGUGUACCAGUUUUGUCGCGUGGCGUAUCAAUGAGCGGCUGGGCAUCAAGUUCCACAACCAGUAUAAGGGUACAAACUGGGGAAAUGCAAACACUUGGGAUGAGGCCGCCCGCCGAACUGGCGUUGUGGUAAACAACAAGCCCGUGCCUGGAUGUAUCGCUCAAUCGAAUGCAGGCAAGGCGGGACACGUUGCAUGGGUGUCAAAGGUUUCUGGCGACAAGGUAACCAUUGAAGAAUAUAACUGGGCGCACCCCGAAGGAUAUGGCACCCGAACCGUGCCUAAGAGCAGCUUCAACUACAUUCAUGUCAAGGUAUAA